AUGCUCGCAAUUACUGUUCCGGACAACUACGGUGCCGUCAUCGGUGUCGCUCUGGGCGCUAUUCCCGUCCUGGGCUUCAUCCACGGAGGUAUCACCACCAGCCUGCGCAAGAAGGCCAAGGUUCCUUAUCCUCACUGCUACGCCACUAUCGAGCAAUGCAAGGAAAAUGCCAAGGCUGAGCAAUUCAACUGCGCUCAGCGCGCUCAUGCCAACUUCUUGGAGAAUGCUUCCCAGACUAUGCUCUUCACCCUCGUGGCGGGUCUGAAGUACCCUCAACUGGCUACGGCUAUCGGCACUGCUUGGGUGGUUCUGCGCUCCCUGUUCCUGUACGGUUACGUCUUCUCUGGCAAGGCCCAAGGCAAGGGCCGCUUGAUGGGUGGAUUCUUCUGGUUCGCCCAGGGUGCGCUCUGGGGACUGAGCGUGUUUGGUGUGGGUCGGGAGUUGCUCUCUUGGUAG